AUGAGUAAUCAGACACUAGUGACAGAAUUCAUCCUGUGGGACUUCUCAGAAAGACCAGAGUACAGAAUUCUCUUCUUAGUCCUCUUUCUCUCCUUGUAUAUGGUGGCACUAUGUGGCAAUUCCCUCAUUGUGGCAGUUGUCAGCUUCAGCUCUGGACUCCACACCCCCUUGUACUUUUUUCUAGUCAACCUAGCUCUAUUGGAUGUUGUCUGUGCGUGUGCUGUGGUGCCUAAGCUGCUGGAGAUCCUGGUGGCUAAAGAGGCAGACAUCUCUUAUAGGGCCUGCAUGACACAAAUGUACUUCUUGACGUGGUCUGUAGCAGCAGAGCUGUUGCUCUUUACAGCCAUGGCGUAUGAUCGCUAUGUGGCCAUCUGCCAGCCAUUGCACUAUGGCUCCAUGAUGAACCCCAAGGUGUGUAUAGCGCUAGCUGGAGCCACAUGGGGUGUCAGCAUGUUUGGUGCAACUGUCAAUACCUGCAUGAUGUUAAGGUUAACUUUCUGUGGGCCCAACGUGCUCAAUCACUUCUUUUGUGAGAUCCCUCCUCUGUUGCUGCUCUCCUGUUCUUCUACAUAUGUGAAUGACAUCAUGACGAUUGUGGCUGACGUAUUCUUUGCUGAUAUGAACUUCCUACUUACUGUGGUCUCCUAUGGCUUCAUCAUUGCAACCAUACUAAAGAUCCGCACAGCUGAGGGGAAACGGCGAGCCUUCUCCACCUGCUCCUCCCACCUUACUGUGGUCACCAUGUACUACUCCACUGUUAUCUACGCCUACCUGAGUCCAAGCUCCAGCUACUCCCCAGCGAUUGGCAAGGCUCUGGCAGCACUGUACUCCAUUGUGAGUCCUGCCUUGAACCCUCUCAUCUACACUUUAAGGAACAAGGAUGUCAAAGUAGCUCUCAAGAAAAUCUUGUUGCUCAUCAUGGAAAAAUUGUAA